AUGCACCCAGGCCGUCCGAUUACUAAAAUGAAUCAGAGUAGCCAGAAGUCACUCUCGGGUGAACUGCCGGGGUUCCCUGCUUCAUUUUUGCUGCAGCAGGCUUACCUGUGGAUCGGUUACUCCGAAAGCCAAGAUCGCAGCCCCUAUGUCAGGCGCCCCCAGUGCCGUACCGACUGCAUUGAGGUGCCCCUGUCGCGAUUGUUCCGGAGACUGGGCCGCCUGGUGGCCAGGUACCCCUGGGUCUUCCUGCUGCUGCCGAUGCUGCUGUCUGCGGGCCUGGGAAGUGGCUUUAUGUUCCUGAACAAACGCCGAACGGACAACAUCGAGGAGCAGUUCACGCCCGUUGGGGGCCCGGCGAAGGGAGAGAGGAGCCUGGCCCAGGAGUAUUUCCCUACCAACGACGCUGAGCGCUUUUCGGGAUCCAGGCUCACCACGGAGGGCUCGUUCGCCUCGCUCCUCGUGGUCACCAACAACUCAGAGUCAUUGUUGACUCAGUCGGUUUGGUGGCAGGUCCAGCUUCUGGACAGCAAAGUGAGGAGCAUAAGUGUGAAGGAUGCACAAGGAGUCUCCUUCAACUACACGAGCCUGUGCGCCCGGACGGGUUCAGAGUGCAGCUUCCCCAACCCGCUUCUGGCAUUACCCAGUAUCUCCAUGCAGCUCACUUUCCCCCUCCUGGAGAUAAAUAAAAAUCAACAAGUUUUUCUGGGCAACCUGGUCGGGGGCGUGGAGCUCGGCGCCGGCUCCGGAGAUUCCCCGAACAGGACGCUGGAAAAGGCUAGGGCUCUGAAGCUGGCGUACUACCUGCGCGAGGAUGCAGCAUCAGACCGCGAAAUGAGCCGCCAGUGGCUGAGCGCUUUCCUCCAGGAAUUCCCACCCGAGUUGCAGAAACUGCCGCUGCCGGACUUGAAGGUGUACUAUUUUACAUCGCUAUCCAGACAGGAGGAAUUUGAAGGAAACGUGAAAGAAGUAAUUCCAUUGUUUUCUGUCUCUUACUUUCUCAUCAUAUUCUUUUCAAUUAUCUCAUGUUACAGGUUGAACCUCAUAAUUAGCAAAAUGUGGGUGGCAGCAUUUGGUGUCAUCUCAUCUGGUUUAGCAGUAUUGAGUGGCUUUGGUCUUCUGCUAUAUUGUGGGAUGCCUUUUGUUGCUACAGUUUCCAAUGCACCAUUUCUUAUUCUGGGAGUCGGUGUUGAUGACAUGUUUAUCAUGAUUUCUGCUUGGCAGAGGACCAAACUCAUACAUAGCCUUGAAGAGAGGAUGGCUGAGACUUAUGCAGAGGCAGCUGUGUCCAUUACAAUCACUACAUUGACUGAUGUCCUUGCUUUCUAUGUUGGAAUCAUGACCUCUUUCAAAUCUGUGCAAGCCUUUUGUGUCUAUACAGGAACCACCUUGCUUUUUUGUUUUUUAUAUAACAUUACCUGUUUUGGAGCAUUCCUUGCCCUCAAUGGUAAAAUUGAAGUCUAUCUGAACCGUUUCACCUUUCAACAGCAACAGGACAGCUAUUCAGUUGUAAAGAAGAUACUCUGCAAAAAAGGCUUUUACGUAUCUCCAAAUGGCGAAGAAGAAAGCCACUUAAUGAAUACAUUCUUUAGAAAGUAUUAUGGUCCCCUGCUCACCAACAUUUGGUCCAAAGUGUUUGUGGUGCUGCUCUAUGCUGGGUACCUGGCUGCUAGUAUCUAUGGGUGUUUCCAAAUCAAGGAAGGUAUAGACCUUCGAAACCUGGCCAAUGAUAACUCUUAUAUUGUUCCUUAUUAUUCUAUGGAAAAGGAAUAUUUUUCAGAAUUUGGUCCUAGGAUCAUGGCUUUUGUCACUAAAUCUGUGCCAUAUUGGGAUGAAAUUACUCGAAAUAAUUUUGACAAGUGUAUGCAAUCAUUAGAAAAUAAUCAGUAUAUCAGUAAAACUUUUUCAGAUUCUUGGCUAAGAACAUAUGAGAAAUAUUUGACAGUUAUGCAUCAAAAUAUAAAUAAUAGGACUACUUUUUUAGAAGAGUUAGACUCUUUUUUAAAAGCCUUUCCAGAUUAUGAGUAUGAUUUUCAAGUUAAUACAACUCAAAGGGAAAUAGUAUCUUCACGGUACUUCAUUCAAUCAGUAAAUGUCAGUACCGCAGUAGAUGAAAAGAUGAUGUUAAACCAGUUAAGAAGUAUUGCUGCACAAUGUGAAAUUCCUGUUGUGGUGUAUCACCCAGCAUUUAUCUAUUUCGAUCAAUAUUCUGUGAUAGUGGAUAACACUAUUCAAAAUGUUGCUGUAGCAGCUGGUGCCAUGCUGGUGAUUUCCUUACUGUUCAUUCCCAGUCCGCUGUGUUCUUUAUGGGUGACCUUUGCCAUCGCAUCUGUAAUUGUGGGAGUGGCAGGUUUCAUGUCAUAUUGGAAUGUCAAUCUUGAUUCCAUAUCCAUGAUCAACCUUAUCAUUUGUAUUGGGUUUUCAGUAGACUUUUCUGCUCAUAUUUCCUAUGCAUUUGUUUCUAGUGAUGCUAUGAGUACAAACCAAAAAGUCAUUGAGGCAUUGGAUCUUCUUGGCUACCCAGUGGUACAGGGUGCUUCUUCAACCAUAAUAGGAGUGGUUGCCUUAGCUGCAGCAAAUGCUUACAUCUUCAGGACCUUUUUCAAGAUUAUGUUUCUGGUUAUCUUGUUUGGGGCUGCUCAUGGCCUUAUCUUCAUUCCAGUAUUUUUAACCUUUUUUGGAAUUUGUAGCAGAGCCCAUAAAGAGACUCCCCAAAGAGAUCCUGACUGCCCUUAA